AUGCAGACGCGCAUGCACCGGACGCUGGCCCAGCUGAUCGGCUUCAAAUCACAUUCGUGCAAGAUCUGGAGCAGCCACUUGCUGGUCGGGGUGAGCUGUUUCUUCUUCGCCCCUGCAGCAGCAGCUUUUUGGGCAGUUUGGUGGUGCCUCCUGCAGUAUGCCGAUCUCAAGGACCCGAGCAUUAUGCUGCAGAUGAUCCUGUACUUCUGUCUUGCGGUGACAUAUACACUGGUAGUUCUGACGUCCUACAGCGCGGACUAUCUGUUCAUCCGUCGCGGGCAGCGCUCAUUCUACGGACGACUCGACAUCGUGGUCGCAUCCGGCACACUGUUCCUGUCAGUGUUUGACUUCUACCUCCGCGCCACGGUUUGGGAGACGGCUAUCCUGGUCUUAGUGCCAUGCUCUGCCUUUGUUUACUCCACGCAGUCGAAGGCCUUCGAGAUAUGGAUAUGGCGUCACAGCCUUUGGCACUUCGCAGGUGGGGCCGUCGCCCUCUACGGCUCGUUGAGGCCGCAGUGCCUGUGCCUUACGGAGAUGGUCUAUGCCAUAGGCAUUGCAAUCUUCUUCGCGCUACGUGUCACCUGUCCGCCCGAUCGCCUGGAUGAUUUCGUGGAGAGGCGAGCCGAGGUCGACUUCCUGGGGAUGCAAACGCCUCCUUCGCUGGCCAGCAGCUGCCAGCGACAGGUGCCCGUGGCUCCGCUGUGGGCCGAUGUCGUGCAUGGUCAGCGCAGCAUCUGCGUGGGCAAAGCAAAGCCGCACGUCAGCAGCAAUUGCACCCCUUGCUUCCCCCUGAGCUUCGCGUGCGCCACCGCGCUUGCAUACCGACGUUGGUGGCUUCGGCAGCGAGUGCGCCAUCGUUGCAGGCAGCAUGCCAUGCCUAGCUGGCUGCCACAAGAAGUGGGCUUGCCGUGGCCCGGCCUCGGGGCGGCGGAGUCACCAGCCAGUGCCCGGAAAUUGCGGGACCUAUUGGUUGCCGCAGAUGCCGCAAAUGCUGACUUGGAUGCGGGGAUGCGGGACACCGUGGAUCAGUGCAUCACGGAGUUGAGCGAGGCACGCGUGAAAUGUAGCUUGGAGCUGCUCGGCACCAGCCAACUCCCAAAGGAUCUGUGGCGGGCUGCUUACAUUCAGGGACGAACUCCCGGCUGGGAAGUGAAUUCCCGGCUCCUGCGCCCGCUGUUUCGCAACAAGGCUGGACAGGCCUUUGAUGCAACAGCUGGCCGAGUCACAAACUAUGGCGAAGUGCUGGGAUCCGGGGUGUACUUUCUCGCAGAGGGAAGCUUUGCGGCUGUUGAUCGCACCGAGUAUUGUCCGAAGGAUUUUUCCGUGCAGAUCGAGCGAGGCGGCCUUGUCGUCCUUGGUCUGCCUUUUCUGUCUGGAGCAAUCUCUGGACCAGGCCUUGUUCGGGUUCUUUACCUGGACCGCGACCUUCGAAUAUUCGAGUCUCCGAUAGAUUCCCCUGACCGUUGGGAGGAGGCGGGGUUGCGAGUUGUGCAGGUUCGGGACACUCUGUUUGAAGCGUGA